AUGUUGGGACUAACCACGCGACGCAUUCUCCGGACAAGGGCCGCAGAGCGCCCAUCGCAAUUGUGUCUUGCGUCCAAGGAUUUUCACACCAGUCAAUCCAAUGCGGCGUCCCGACCUACGUGGAUGCCCAUGCGCGUCAAGACACCGUGGAUUGAAGCAUUGACGAAGAGCAGAGAGGAUGCGAAGUCCGGCAAGGGAGCUUCUGCGCCGGUCGCGAAGCCCGAUCUGACCCCUAAGAAGAUGUCGGAUAGUCAUUAUAGUGCUAUUUUGCCGUUGGCACAAGACAAAUGGCUCCUUGAUACAUAUUUGAAUGCUUCGGGGCAUAUCAGGUUGGGAUCGCUACUGAUGGACCUGGAUGCCCUAGCCGGUAUCAUUGCUUACAGACACACCGGAGGCUCGGUGACGACUGUGACCGCUGCAUGUGACCGAAUCACCAUCGAACAUCCUCUGAUGGAGAUCUGCGAUCUCGAGCUCAGUGGCCAGGUUACCUACGCUACAGGCCGCUCUAGUAUGGAGAUAUCUCUGCAGGUCGCAAAGGCCCCUCCUGAAGGACAGAAGGCGAAACCUGAGGACGUCCUGAUCACUUGCGCCUUCACAAUGGUGUCUCUGGAUCCGGCUACCAAGAAACCCGUCAAUGUUGCACCCCUUCUGCUAGAAACUGACGAAGAACGUCUUCUCUUCAAAAAGGGAGAAGAAAACUAUCAGGCCAAGAAAGGGCUGAGAAAACGAAGUCUGCUUCAGAAGGCCCCAGACGACGAAGAGAGUAACCUGAUUCACUCCAUGUGGACCAAGGAGAUGUCAUACCUGAGCCCCGAAUCUCCCGAUCAGAGACCAUCAAACAUGGUCUUCAUGAGCGACACCAACUUGAAAUCAGCCAUGAUCAUGCAGCCGCAAGACCGCAACCGUCACAACUUCAUGAUCUUCGGUGGUUUCCUUUUGAAGCAGACCUUCGAGCUUGCAUUCUGCUGUGUAGCGUCUUUCUCCCACGCUCGACCCAACUUCAUCUCCCUUGAUCCUAGCACCUUCGAGAACCCCGUUCCCGUCGGCAGCGUCCUGUACCUUCGCGCCACGGUUGCCUAUACAGAGCCUGUCGAAACCGAGUCAGGCAGCAAGUACACCAAGGUUCAGGUCCGCGUGGACACCAAGGUCAGGGAUGUGGAGCAUGGCACCAAGAAGUCGACCGGCCAGUUCAACUACACCUUCUUGGUUGAGAAGGAUAUUCAGGUCAUGCCGAAGAGUUACGGCGAGUUUAUGCUCUGGACCGAUGCCAGGAGACGGUCACAGAAUGCGGCUGCAUUGGCUCCUGCUGGGUCGAGGGAGUUUAGUGCUCUUAGAGGGCUCAAGGAUAGUGUGACUGAAUAG